GAGGCGAGCCUUGAGUCAGUGCUAAACCUGCUUUGAGAGAGAGCGGGCAGGGGAGGCGCUUUCUGUAGAGGAGAGAAGGAGAAAAGAAACUCGAAACUGGCUUCCCCUGUGGCAUGUGCGUGUCCCGGCCAUCCCCUCCCGCCCCGCUGCUGUUAAAUGAGAGCACGUGAAGAACAUGAGGUUUCCUGCUUGAGAGGGAGGGAGGGCAGCGCUGGGGACAGAGGGAGGAGGAAGGCGAGCUGUGGCUUUGCGGUGUGGUUUACACCCAGAUCAGAGCUGGAAGUGCCUGGGGGUGGGAGCACAAGGAGAAAGGGCGUCUGAUGCCAGCUGCCAACAUGACAGAAACCCUGCAGCUCCCGGCGCUGCGGGUCCCCGAGCAGCAGGUGCUGGAGGGCGGCUGCGCCUGGUCCAGCUCGUCCACCCCGACCCUGCGCAGGAAGCGCUUCAAGAUGAGGAGGAUGAAGAACGUGCAGGAGCAGAGCCUGGAGGCCGGCAGGUACCAGGAUUCCCCUUCCUCCAGCAAGGAAUACCUGCAGCUGCCAUCCAUUGAGAUCACCCCCUCCAGUGACGAGGACACCCCCUGGUCCAACUGCUCCACUCCCAGCGCCUCCCCGCGCCGCAAGCGCUUCCUCCUGCGCAAGUGGCUGCGCGUCCGAGAGAAGAAGGAGUGCAGUGAGAGCAGCAGCCAGCAGAGCAGCCAGCAGAGCAGCCACGACGAUGACUCCGCGCGGUUCCUGAGCCCCUUCCUGCGUGAGGACAGUACUGCCAGUAACUCCAACCGCAGCACGCCCGCCUGCUCGCCCAUCCUGCGCAAACGCUCGCGCUCGCCCACGCCGCAGGACGCGCCGGGGGACGCCAUGGUGGAGAAGGGCUCCGAGCACUCCUCGGACAAAUCCCCGUCCACGCCCGAGCAGGGCGUCCAGCGCAGCUGCUCCUCCCAGUCCGGCCGCAGCGGCGCCAAGAACUCCAAGAAAAGCCAGAGUUGGUAUAAUGUGCUGAGUCCCACGUACAAACAGCGAAAUGAGGAUUUCAGGAAACUCUUCAAGCAGCUCCCAGACACCGAGCGCCUCAUCGUGGAUUACUCAUGUGCUCUCCAGAGAGACAUCCUGCUGCAGGGCCGCCUCUACCUCUCCGAGAACUGGAUCUGCUUCUACAGCAACAUCUUCCGCUGGGAGACACUGCUGACGGUUCGCUUGAAGGACAUCUGCUCCAUGACCAAGGAGAAGACAGCACGGCUCAUUCCCAAUGCCAUCCAAGUUUGCACUGACACUGAAAAGCACUUUUUUACCUCCUUUGGGGCUCGAGACAGGACGUACAUGAUGAUGUUCAGACUCUGGCAGAAUGCUCUGCUUGACAAGCCUCUGUGUCCGAAGGAGCUCUGGCAUUUUGUCCACCAGUGUUAUGGGAACGAGCUGGGGCUCACCAGUGAUGAUGAAGACUAUGUGCCUCCUGAUGAUGACUUCAACACCAUGGGCUACUGCGAAGAAAUCCCCGUGGAGGAGAAUGAAGUCAAUGACAGCUCCUCCAAGAGCAGCAUGGAGGCCAAGCCAGAAGCCAGCCCUCAGCUGCCAAAGAAAUCUGUCACUGCCAGCACCCUGACCUCCACAGGCAGCAGUGAAGCCCCAGCCUCAUUCGAUGGAGUGCUCCCAGAAGAGGAGGAGGCAGUGGCUGAGAGUCCAGUGGAGAAAGACCUUGGCAUUGCCAACAUCAUGGGAGAGAAAAUCGACAUCAUUGGCCCUGUGAACUCCCCCUCCCUGGACUUUAAUGACAACGAGGACAUUCCCACUGAGAUCAGUGACUCCUCAGACACCCAUGAUGAAGGGGAAGUCCAAGCCUUCUACGAGGACCUGAACGGGCGCCAGUAUGUGAACGAGGUGUUCAACUUCAGCGUGGACAAGCUCUACGACCUGCUCUUCACUGACUCCCAGUUCCAGAGGGACUUCAUGGAGCAGCGCCGCUUCUCUGAUAUUAUCUUUCACCCCUGGAAGAAGGAGGAAAAUGGCAAUCAGACCAGAGUGAUCCUGUACACCAUCACCCUCACCAACCCUCUGGCCCCCAAAACUGCCACAGUCACUGAGACUCAGACAAUGUACAAAGCCAGCCAGGAGAGCGAGUGCUAUGUCAUAGAUGCAGAGGUGCUCACUCACGACGUCCCCUACCACGAUUAUUUCUACACCAUCAACCGCUACACGCUGACUCGUGUGGCCAGGAACAAGAGCAGACUCAGGGUUUCCACAGAAUUACGCUACAGGAAGCAGCCCUGGGGGCUGGUGAAAUCCUUCAUUGAGAAGAAUUUCUGGAGUGGCCUGGAAGAUUAUUUCCGUCAUUUGGAGAGCGAGCUGACCAAAACAGAGAGCACGUACCUGGCUGAGGUGCACAGACAAUCCCCCAAGGAGAAGGUGAGCAAGCAAUCCACGGUGCGGCGGCGGAAGCGCGGCCACGCCCACCUGCGGGUGCCGCACCUGGAGGAGGUGCUCAGCCCCGUCACCACCCCCACCGACGAGGAGGUGGCCCAUCGCAUCAAGCACGUGGCAGGUUCCACUCAGACACGGCACGUCCCCGAGGAGAGCCCCAGUGGCUUCCACCUGCAGAGUGUCUCCAAGCUGCUCCUUGUCAUCAGCUUUGUGAUCUGUUUCAGUCUGGUGCUGCUGGUCAUUCUCAACAUGAUGCUGUUCUACAAACUCUGGAUGUUGGAGUACACCACGCAGACACUGACAGCAUGGCAGGGCCUGAGGCUGCAGGAGAGGUUACCCCAGUCUCAGACAGAAUGGGCCCAGCUGCUGGAGUCCCAGCAGAAGUACCACGACUCGGAGCUGCAGAAAUGGCGCGAGAUCAUCAAAUCCUCGGUGAUGCUUCUGGACCAGAUGAAGGAUUCACUAAUAAAUCUCCAGAAUGGCAUCGGGUCCCGGGACUUCGGGUCAGAUCCAGAGGAGAAACGGAAACGUUUCCAUUGACAGGCAGGAAUGCAGGAGGCCAGAGGACGGUGUGCAAUAUGUGUA